UGUCGAGAUUGCAAUGACUGAUCCAAAGCGGGCAAAGAGGAUUUUGACAAAUCGUCAAUCAGCUGCCCGUUCCAAAGAAAGGAAGAUGCGUUACAUUUCAGAGUUGGAGAACAAGGUUCAGACUCUGCAGACCGAAGCUACCACCUUGUCUGCUCAGCUAACACUUUUACAGAGAGAUUCUGUUGGGCUCACAAAUCAGAACAAUGAGUUGAAGUUUCGUCUUCAAGCCAUGGAGCAGCAGGCACAACUCCGUGAUGCUCUAAACGAUGCAUUAACUGCUGAGGUCCAGCGAUUAAAGCUUGCUACUCAACAGCUAGGCGGUGAUUCGAACCCCUCAAACGGCAUGUUUUCGGAGCAGCUUUCUGUUAAUCACCAGAUGUUCCAGCUCAACAUUUCUCAGCAGCCCCAACAACAGAACGGGAACACGACCUCAAAAACCGAGUCAAAUCAGUAGGUUGUUCCCUGUUCCACUAUGUUAUUAUCAGUUUUCAACCUCCAACAUCAAAGGACUUUCAUGCUUAUGGUAAUUACAAUUCAACCUGCAUCAGAUAUCUAAUCUCAGAUGACGGAACGAAGUAAAAUCAUACAUCGGCUUGAAUAAUCAUCGUUUAUAAUCAUUAUACUU